GUGAUUGGUGCGUUUGGUAUCUUCGACGGCCAUACCCACUUCAAGAUGAGUCUAUCUUGCACCGCGCCUGGCCGACCGGAGCCAUCAUACCCGAAUUUGCGUCCCGUUGAAGAAUGAAAGGAGCGACUAUCGUCUUUUGCGUGUUGGCCGUCGCGGCGUCGACGAAGGCGUCGCCCUUCAGCGCGGGUCGGGCGUUGACGGCCAUGGACUGUGACAAGGACUGCUCCGACAUGAGCACAGCCUCGACGGUGCUCUGCGAAAUGGGCAAGUACGGCAGCUGCGCAGUGACCAAGGUCGCGCAAGGCGGAAGCUACGUCGUGCGCGGCGUGAGCGGAUGGUUCCAAUCCCGCGACUCGGACUCCGGGUCCGAGUCGGACGACGAAGGCAAAGCGGCGCCAUCGUCCGCCUCCAGCCAAAGAUCGACGACGGGACCUCAAGGUUCGUUCCACGGCUCAACCGCGGGGUCUCAUGGCUCGUUCCGUGACGCAAUUACGGAGCCCCACGGCUCAAACACCGGGUCCCACGGCUCGUUCCGUGACUCAAUCUCGGGGUCCCGCAGCUCAACGUCAGGGUCCCAGGGCCCGUCCCAGGGCUCGACCGCGGGGUCCGAGGGCUCGACCACGGCGCCCGAGGGCUCGACCACGGAUGCGCCUCAAUAGUGCGCUCGCCGCAUCCUCAAGCAACGCGUAUAUGCGUCUGUGAAACGAGAGAUAAACCGUUGUCAAUGUACCCCCUAGUGUACGACUUUGUUUCUGCACUGCGGCGUAGCUGUACGUCAGCACCUCCUCCA